GUUACCGGAUACUAACACAUUGUACCAGUAGUGAACAUCCCGAGAGCUCAUGUGUUCCUUGCGAUAGGAAUUGGUACAUGGAUAAAUGGAAUGGGGCGGAUUACUGCAAGGCUAUGAAUAUGUGCAAUAAAUCGCAUGAAGUGAUACAUAAAGCAGCUUCCAAUGAUGGUACUGAGGACAAUGUGUGCAAGUGUGAAAAGAGUUAUCAUUAUACUGAUACGCAUGAAUUUUGUCUACAGAAUGCAGACUGUCCACCAGGACAAGGUAGUAAAAAUGGUUUGUGUGUUGUGUGUGUGGACGGUACUUAUUCUGAUGUUACCUCAAACACUAAGAAGUGUAAGAAGCAGCCAGAUUGUGAAGCCACAGGAAUGCAAGUCAUUAAAGAAGGAAAUUCAACCACACCAACUAUAUGUGGACUUGCUCCAGCACAACCUACUGAUGCUCCUAAGACUUUUACCUCAGCUAGUACUGAUGCAUUACCAACUACAGAAAAUGUUAUUUCAAGUGAUCGAUCCACGCCUGUGAUUGCGACCCCAGCACCUCAGCCUGGUGCUAUAACAGGUAGUGGUGAUAGUGUUUGGGAGACAAUGCGUGGCAUGUUAGGUGGUGUACUAAUUAUCAUACUGGUGCCCAUUGGUGCAUGUGUUGUAUGCAAAUUGAGGAAGAAAAAACAACAUUCUAGGAACAUAGAGAAUGGUUUGUGUGUUGUGUGUGUGGACGGUACUUAUUCUGAUGUUACCUCAAACACUAAGAAGUGUAAGAAGCAGCCAGA